AUGGAUUCAGACAAAAGUGGUAGUAGAAAAUUACAUGUAUUGGUGGUGUCAUAUCCUGCACAGGGCCAUCUGAAUCAGCUGCUGCAUUUCUCCAGAGCAAUUGCAGAGAGAGGAGGGAUCACUGUAACAUUUGCAGCCACAUCCACCCAUAUUCACCAAGUCCUGCAGCGUCUUGAUGGGUGGGAUCCACAGAGCUUUGAUAUUCAGUUCAAGGAAUUGCCCAUGCCCAUGCGCAUGCCCAAUCUCUCUGUUGGGGAACUAGAUCUUCAAACCAGUCACACUUUCCCUCUUCAUUUGAUUCCCCUGUUUGAAGCCCUGGAGGAUUUCCUAAACCCAUUUCUUGAUCUCUUAAUGGGCAAAAUCUGCUCAGAGAGUAAUAACAGGGUAGUGCUAGUCUAUGAUGCAGGAAUGGCAUGGAUUCAAGCAUUGGCCACCAAAUAUGGAAUUCCUGCUUAUGUAUUCAUCCCUGCUGGAGCCUAUCAGACCCUCUGGUUUGCCUAUAAGUUAAGCGGGCAGACUGCUCCAUUGCCCCCUGUUAACAUAUCACUCAAGCGGUGCCUUCCUGAAAGACACCUAGAGUUUGUGAGUCGCCAAAGUUGUCUGCGAGAGUUUGCCAAGGGCCAAAUCUUGAACACCUGCUCUGCAAUGGAGUCGAAAUUCAUUAGUCGACUCAGAGAGGAAAGGAUCUUCUGUGGCAAACCUGUGUGGACAUUGGGUCCUCUUCUUCCACCCACUUUCUUCAAUGAAGAUCCAUGUUCACAAACACAGAGAGCAGAUAGAGAGUGCAUGAGAUGGUUAGAUAGGCAGCUUCCCCAAUCUGUUGUCUAUGUUUCAUUCGGCACCAUGUCCUGCUUCCCUGUGUUGCAGAUCCGAGAGCUCGCCGAGGGAUUGGAGCGAAGUCGAUUGGCUUUCUUGUGGGUGCUCAGAAUUCCUGAUGGUGCACAUUUUUCCACAGAAGGGCAGUCGGAUUGGAUUAGCAAAUGUCUGCCUGAAGGGUAUGAGGGGCGAUUGGGCGGUCGAGGUUUCAUUGCAGGGGAUUGGGUUCCUCAACUUGAGAUCUUAUUUCAUAAGGCAAUAGGGGGAUUUUUAUCACAUUGUGGGUGGAAUUCGACUGUGGAGAGCAUCAGUGCGGGAGUGCCCAUGGUGGCCUGGCCUCUACAUUCGGACCAGUUUGCCAACAGUGCCCUAAUAGAGGAGGAAUUGAAGGUGGGUGUGCAGGUGAAGGAAUGGAGAAAUGCAGAGGAGAAUGAGUUGGUUAGUGCGGAAGAGGUGGAGAAAGGCCUGAAAAGGUUGAUGAUAAGUGAGGAGGGAAUGCAAAUGAGAAAGAUGGCGCAGGAAUUGAGAGAUGAAGCUCGGAGAGCAGUGGGUGAAGGAGGAUCUUCGUUGAAAGAUUUGGAUUCACUUAUCUCUCACUCCUCUGGACAAUUUAGCAGUUAG